AUGUCUCAAUUUAGAGUUCGUAAAGUUCCUUCAGUUGCAAAUGGUGAUUGUGGACGAAACAGGCCUUUCACUGCUAAAGCAUCAGGGGAUGCAGUCGCAUGCGACCUCAGACGGAAAGAAACUUACGAUGAUAAUUUUAAACACCAUGAUAAAAGGAGCAGGAGCAAGAAUAAAAUUCCCAAAAACGUUCGAAACGAUUUGGAGAGUGCUUUAGUUGGCCUAUGUGACGUUUGGUUCGAAGAUAUAAAACCUCAUUUGAUCCGAAAUAAUAUCAAGGUUCACUUCCAUGGCGCGCCACCGGAAAGCGGAGACCACGAUGGUCUGGCGGCUCACUUGACUGACUGCUCACAUGUCGAUCCAGGUGCUGCAUCAGAUCGUCAUCGGCGGCGCAAUGUGAAUUGUGCCGCUUGCUGUUCGAGGCAGCCAACAGUAUCGAAAGCGCGGUGUCGCAGGCUGUCAACGCCAUCAGCUCAGCCAGUACCUCCGCCACAGAUGCUGCCGUCCCUACAGCUGACAACGCCGAGACAUCGUAAAUGUAAAGGAGAAUCGCAAAAAACACAUAUUUCAUCGAAAUCAAAGUACGACUGGAGGGUGCCUCGCCUGUGUCACACAUAUAGCAAUUUAUCUCCCGCUGCCUCUCCUCGUCACGACGACCGAAGGAUUCGCACAGCUUCGCCGAAAAAACCACGACAACGGAAUCAAGUGUAUCACGAAAAAAAGGCUCAAAGGGCGCAAAAGAAAGACAAAUCAACGCAAACGGAGCCUGUCAUUAUUCGCUCUCCUAUAACCAUGAAAAAACUGCAAUCUCCAAAUCUUCAAGAGGCCAACAACAGGACACAGAUACCUAUUAAACUAUUUCCAGACGAUCUAAUAGAUAAAAUAGUUGAAAGUCAUGACAAAAAACUAAAAUUACUCUACUUGAGUCCACAUAGAGAUGAAUAUCCUUCGAUACUAAGUUUGGCCCGCAACAUACAUAAUGCUGAUGGCGUGCGCGAGCCCCACAGUACCAGAAAACAACCUUGGAGAUGA